CCCUGACCAGCUGCUACUUAAGGCAGAGGGGAGGCGGCGGGCAGCAGCUGAGCUACGACAGCUCAAGAAGGAGUGGACGUGGACGGGGCAAAAACCCUGACCAUGACCCCGCACCGGCUGCUGCUGCUAACUCUGCUGCUCGCCGCCGGGCCAGGAGGAGCCUUGGCACGGUGCCCAGGCUGCGGGCAGGGGGUGCAGGCGGGUUGUCCAGGGGCCUGCGUGGAGGAGGAGGAGGGGGGCCCGCCAGCGGACGGCUGUGCCGAAGCUGGGAGCUGUUUCAGGAGAGAGGGGCAGCAGUGCGGGGUUUACACCCCUAACUGCGUCCCCGGACUGCAGUGCCAGCCCCCCGAAGAAGACGAGGCGCCUCUGCGGGCGCUGCUGCUGGGCCGCGGCCGCUGCCGCCGGGCGCGCGCGCCCUCGGGGGAGAAUCCUAAGGAAAGUAAACGCCAAGCAGGGACCACUCGCCCACAGGACGUGAACCGCAGAGACCAGCAGAGGAAUCCAGGGACCUCCACCACUCCUGCCCGGCCCAAUCCUGGGGGUGUCCAAGACACCGAGAUGGGCCCAUGCCGCAGGCACCUGGACUCUGUGCUGCAGCAACUCCAGACCGAAGUCUAUCGAGGAGUUCACACCCUCUACGUUCCUAAUUGUGACCAUCGGGGCUUCUAUCGUAAGCGGCAGUGCCGCUCCUCUCAGGGGCAGCGCCGAGGUCCCUGCUGGUGUGUGGAUCGGAUGGGCCAGCCCCUGCCAGGGUCCCCGGAUGGCGAUGGAAGCUCCUCUUGUUCCCCUGGGAGCAGUGGCUAAGGUUGGGUGGGGUGCUGCUGGACCCCUGGCAGGAGCAUGUGGCUGUCAUCUUGGGUCAUUUAUGAGUGAUGAGUAACUCAGGGGCCCUGAGCCCCACACCCCAGCUUCAGGCCCUGCCCCACUGUCCCCCUCACCCUGGGAAGAUUGCUGGUGUUGGCUGAGGAGGGUUAAUAAAACUGUGCUGGGGGCCUCUGGCCUA